AUGCUGCAGUUUACGCCGCUGUCCGGGCCGUACGUCGGCACGCACGAGCGGCCCAAGGCCCUAUCGUAUCUCAUCGAGGUCGAUCAGAGCCGCAUCCUCCUGGACUGCGGCGCGCCGGAGGAUCUCUCGUUCGAGGCCGAUGACCUGCCCUCGGCCCUCGAGCGCCUCGGACCGACGAUCGACGCGGUGCUUCUCGUGCACGCCGACAUGUCGCACAUCGGCCUGUAUGCGUACGCGUACGCACACUACGGACUGCGGUGCCCCGUGUACGCGACGCUGCCCGUCCAGACGAUGGGCCGCCUCCAAAUGCUCGAGACGGUCCAUGCGUGGCGUCAAGAGGACACGCAGCGCUACGUCCCGACGGAGGCCGAGGUCGACGAGGCCUUCGACGCGAUUCGCGCGCUGCGCUACAUGCAGCCGACGCCGCUCGAGGGCCGCUGCGCGGGUCUCGUGCUCACCGCCUACCAUGCCGGCCACUCGCUCGGUGGCACAGUAUGGAAGCUGCGCUCGCCGUCCGUCGGCACGAUCGUCAUGGCGCUGGACUGGAACCACCACCGCGAGCGCCACCUCGAUGCGACGGCGCUCCUCGCUGUCGGCACCGCCGCCGCGCCCCUCGCACACGCGAUCGGCCGCCCUGACCUCCUGAUCACCGACAUGGAGCGCGGCCUCUACACCAAUGCGCGCCGCAAGGACCGCGAUGCGACGCUCCUCGACCAUGUGCACCGCACCCUCACGAGCGGGCACUCCGUGCUCCUGCCUGUCGACGGCGCGCCGCGCCUGCUCGAGCUGCUCGUCCUCCUCGAUCAGCACUGGGCCUUUGCGUACCAGCACCAGCGCUUUCCGAUGUGCCUCGUGUCGCACACCGGCCAGGAAGUCGUCGAGCGUGCGCGCACGUUCAUGGAGUGGAUGUCGCGCGAGUGGGCGAUCCAGUUCCUCGAUGCGCCCUCGCGGCGCAAGGCGGCCGCGGCGCCGAAGUCGCCGCUCGACUUUUCGUGCCUGCGCUUCUACUCGUCCGUCGAAGCGUUGCGCGACGCGCUCCCAGCGUCGCAGCCGAAGCUCGUGCUCGCUACGCCGCCUGCUCUCUCGCAUGGGCUGGCGCGCCAGCUGCUGCCCGAGUUCCUGAGCGACCCGGAGGCGAUGGUCCUUCUUACCUCGCGGGGCGAUCCGUCGAGUCUCGGGCGCACGCUGUGGGACCGCUGGAACGCGGCGCAGCCGGACGUCGAGGCAUGGCACACCGGUCAUGUCGGCGUGCCAGUGAGCGUCGGUGGCCACCUGGCGCUGGAGCUGCGCCGCCAAGUGCCGCUCGCGGGCGACGAGCUUCGUGCGUACAUGGAGCGUGUGCCGGCGCCGGCGCCGCCUGUGCGCGCGAUGCACCGCGGACGAGACGCGGACGAGGACGCGGACGAGUCGGACAGCUCGGACGACGACGUGGCGCCCGUCGUGUCGGACGACAUGUCGUUCGACAUUUUCCUCCGCGGUCAGCGACGGGAUGCGAUGCACUUCCGCCUGUUCCCGCACAUUGAGCGCAAGCGCCGCAUGGACGGCUACGGCGAGUGGAUCGAUACGUCGCGCUGGCUCGCGAAGCGCAAGCGACUCGAGGCCGAGCAGGAGGCGCAGCUCGAUCCCACGCCGGCACCGGCGCCGGCGCCGGCGCCGGCCAUGCCGAUCCCGACCAAGUUGGUGAGCGACACGGUGCAUGCAGACAUGCGGUGCCGCCUGCUGUACAUCGACAUGCAGGGCCUGAGCGACGGACGCGCUCUGACGACGCUCGUGCCGCAGCUGCAGCCACGCCGCCUGAUCCUCGUCAACGGCGAUCCCGCCACGCACGCGGCGCUCGACACCAAGUUCCGCGGCACGCUGGGCGACGCGCUGUACAUGCCGCCGGUCGGCUCGUGCGUCGCGCUCGGCGGCCUCGCGCACUCGUACACCGUGCGCCUCGGCGACGCCCUCAUGAGCCAUCUGCGCUGGCGGCCCAUGCAGGACUACCAAAUCGUGCAUCUGCACGUCGCGCCGAACGAAGACGAUACCCCGACGCUCGUGCCCGUGCAGGACGCGUCGACACUGCACGCCGCGCAGGCGCCAUCCACCCUGUACGUCGGCGACCUGCGCCUCUCGGCCCUCAAAGCGUACCUCGCCCGGCAGCAUCGCCUCCGCGCCGACUUUGCCGGCGAAGGCAUGCUCGUGUGUGGCGACCGCGACGCGCGCAACGUGACCGUCACCAAGGACGGCGCCGGCCGCAUCGUCGUCGACGGCACGCUCUCGCCCAACCUCGCGCGCGUGCGCCAGUCCAUCUACCAACUCGUAGCGCAGGUCCAUCAGUAA